AUGGAAAAGGUGAUCUCAUGCUGCCGGCUCAAACGCUUGACCUACUCUAUUCCAAGAACAUUUAAUGGUAAAUAUCAGGCCCGACUUAGAGGCAGUGCUGACAGUGCUAGAGCACUAGAAAUUUCAAUAGAAUUGAAAAGAUAUAUUUACAAAAUUCUUCUACCUCUUGUUAUCCCUCCGGAGAGCUUCCACGAAAUUACUCCGGUGGCAGAAGUGACGGUGGCAACAGAUGUGGAAGCCACUGCUGGUCACCGUAGCGGUGGUGACGGUGGCGAUGGAAAGAAGAAGUGUGUGUGUUCACCGUCGAAGCAUCCAAGAUCGUUCAAGUGUAGGUAUCAUCAACAUGAAUAUCAGUGGCUUCCUUCAUCUUCUUCUUCAUCCCUUCACAAAUAACGCAUCAUCAAAUCAUCAUGUAAACAAUAAUUAUAGUUUUCUAUUUUUAUUAUUCAUGAUUAUUUUGAUUUGUUUAAGUAUUUCAAUCAAAGUAGAAAUUGUGUUGUGGU